AAAGAAACCCACCCUCCUGCCUCGCCUAUAAAUGCCUCCCUUCCCUUUGCUGGAGGGAAGCCCAGAGCUGCCACUGAGCAGACUUGCUACCUGGGGAGGCAAAGGGACAGGUGAGUACAGCUCUCCCACCUGUGGGUACCUGACAGGGAAGGAAGGAAGACCAUGGGGCGAUUCUCCUUUCUGAGCCUGGCCUUGCUGGUCGUGGUCCUCUCCCUAAAUGGAGCCAAAGGCUGUUGUCCCCAUGAGUGGUUCUCCAGAAGUGCCUUUUGCUACAAGGUCUUCGAAGAAGCAAAGACCUGGGAAGAGGCAGAGAAGUACUGCAAGAAAUACCAGCAUGGCUGCCAUCUCGCCUCCCUCGAUAGCAAGGAAGAGUCAGAGGACAUGGCCAUCCACAUCUCCCAGAAAUUCAACGUCAACAUCUGGAUCGGAUUGAGUCGCCCGUCCCAUGUAGGUCCUUUUCUGCUGCUAACAUCCUUCAGGGUAUCCUCGUUUAAACUCUAG